AUGCCCCACACAUACGGCGACGAGGACCUUGAAACCUUUGAAGAAAAGUACCACGAGUCGUCUGACGACGACUUUGACCCCAAUGCCGCCCCGCCAGAAGACGCAUCCAGCUCGGAAGACGAAGACCAUGUCACCAUAGAGCCCGCACAGCGCAAGGGCAAGCGCAAAGCGCCAGCGGACGAAGAGCUCGACUCUGGAGAUGAGGUCACCAUACAAGCUGCGCGGAGGAAGCGGUCAAGGAAGAAGGGGAAGAAGGGCAGCAAAAACGACGACGACGCCGAAUUGAUCAUAUCGGACGAUGAGGGCGGGGACGGCGGGCUGAUCAAGACACGGGCGCAACGAAGAACAGAGGGCAAAGAGGCAAGACCGCUUGCAAGGACUGAGGGCGCAACCGUCGAUGUGGAUGCGCUAUGGGCGCAGAUGACAGCCGCGCCUCUGAAGCCGCUUCAGACACUCAAGCCACAAGAAGUAGAUGCACCAAAGCACCACACGCCCGUCGCCGACAUCCCCGCAUCCGUCGAGGAAGAAGAGCAGCUCACCAUCAAGAAAGUCUUCACCUUCGCCGGCCAGGACACCACCGAGGAGAAGCAAAUACCCCGCUCUCAACUCGACGCCUAUCUCAAAGACGGCUGGAAACCACAGGACGCGCCUACAGCAGCAGCAGCAGCAGCGUCCCCAGCCCAUUCCUCAGACAAAACAGAAACCAAGAUCCGGCGCCCGCUCCGGCGCCCCUCCCGCUUCGAUCCAAAUCCCACGGGCUACGUACGUGCCCUAGCCCCAGAAUUCCAGCUCUCGUGGCCCCGCACAGCAGCCGCAACCGCACACCCCGAGACAGAACACGGUGCGGAAGCAGAAGCUACAACAGCAGCAGCCGCCGUGCCACCACCCACAAAGAAAGCAGAAAAAACUCAGAAACUCAACGUCGUCGACAAGUCGCGCAUGGACUGGACAGGCUUCGUCGACAAGGAAGGCAUCGCAGACGAACUCGAUACCCACGGCAAAACUAAAGAAGCGUAUCUCGGUCGCAUGCAGUUUUUGGCUGGCGUCGAGGCUCGCAGGGAGGAGGAGAGGCGGAAUGCAAAAAUCAAAGCUGCUGCUGCUGCUACUGUUGCAUCUACCGUGCCCAUGGCUGGCUGA